CUUGAUACAACGUCUGUCCAACCUAGAAGAAAAUGAAAUUCGUUCAGUGACCCAGAGUAAACGUUAUUGCCUUCACUUUUUUGGGAAAUAAAAGACUCUAAAAUGGAAAUAGGAGCCGAAAUAAGCCAAAAAAUACGGUCUGCUAUAAAAGCAAAAUUGAUUGAACUUGGGGCAUAUGAUGACGAUGAGUUGCCAGACUACAUCAUGGUUAUGGUGGCCAACAAGAAGACACAGAAAGAGAUGACCAAUGACCUCAGCCUCUUCCUCAAUACCAACACUGGCAAAUUCACAUCUUGGCUUCAUGGUUUGCUAAAGAAGCUGCAGACAAUCAAUGCGGCAGAACCAUCCAGCAGCAAACCCAAGGCCAAAGAAAAAGAGAAACACAAAGGAGAAAAGAAGAAACACAGAUAUAGUCAGGGGGAGGAGAAACACAGGUCUAGUCAGGCGGAAAAAGUAAAAUCCAGCAAAGCUCCCGAGGCAGCAGAAAAAGUUCACAAAGAGGGAGGGAAGGAAGAGAGGCCCCGCCGAGUGUCUUCAGGGGAUGCAGAGAGGCUAAACAAGGUGGCAGCAGGGGAGAAGAGGAGGAGCCUGGAGGAGGUUACAAAACCGAGACAUCCUGAGUCAGCCCCUGCAGACGAGCUGAGCAUUGAUGAGAACACUGAUGAAUUUCGAGAAGAGGCCAAAGAGAUUGCCAAGCGUGAACAGACUAAAGCACCUUCCACUGGAAAACCUCCACCCCCUAAGGUGGCCAAGUCUGACAGGUCGGUGGAUGUGAAGAGGUCCAGCAGGCCACCAAGUUUAGACACAGUGAAAGCUCGGCCUUCCAGCUCAACAUCCAGAGGGAAAGAACACAAGUAUACACAGGACCACUCUGACAGCAGGAAGAAGCCUAUAUCGGUCGUUGGGUCUGUGAAAAGGAAGUAUGAACUAGAGGAGGAAGAUGAGGAAUAUGAUCCCCUCAAUCCUGCGGUCGGCUCCGUGGCCAGUGUUGUGCAUGGGCCGUCCAGGAAGUCGAGUGUUCCUAAGGCCUUGCAGGCCAACAAAUCCUUGCUGAUGAAGGCUGUGUCUGAGGCUGAGAAGUCUGUCACCAAGACCAAACAUGAGCAGGAACAUCACAAAACAAGCCCAAAGUUAGAGAGGCGGCCAGUAGACAUGAGACAUCGUCUGAAGACUGCGGCCGGCCAACAGCUCAUGUCCAGGUCAAAACGUAAGGAGCUGGAGAUGAUGGUACGCACAGUUGACUCUGAAAAGGACCAGGUGAAGAAGCCCCAUCGACCGAGCGGAGACUUUGAGAGUAUUAGGUACACAGUGAAGAACGAGUCCGCCAGUCAGGACCAGACAUAUGGCAGCAAGAUGUCCCCAAAGUCCCAGGCAUCAGGAAUGGCCCCAAGCAGGGUGGCUACAUCAGCCCUGCGUGAGUUGAAGAAGAGUGCAGUUAUUAAGACAGAAGUGGAGCAGGCUGACAGUGAGGACAGCCAGCAAGAAGGGAGUGAGGCUAGUUGUGAUGGAGAUGAUGAGAGUGAAACCUCCGAUGAAGAAAAUGAGAACAGUGAUGAUGAGAAUUCUGACUCUGGUUCUGAAAUAGAGAUUGAAAUUGUAGACCGAGCUGCUCAGACUGAGGUCAGCAUGCAGACUGACAACCUGAAGUUACUGGGAGGAAAUAGUGGUAAAAUUGAGAUGUCUGAGUUUGGAGUUCAGACUGAGGAACAGGAGGAUAUGAAUGGUGAUAAAACUGGGAAAGAAAGAAUGGUGGAAAUAGGUGACAGUCUGCUGAAUCUGUUUAUUGAGAGUCUUAUGCCAUUUGAGUUUGUGGAGAAUGAGGCUUUUAAAGGUUUUGCUAGGACUUUAGAGCCAAAGUAUCAUUUCCCUAAGAAAAAGAAGCUGAUAACAGAUGUUGGUAUGCUGUACAACAAAGUGAAAGAUAAAUUGAAGGGUGAACUUAGUAAAUGUGACUCUGUUGUGUUGACCCACAAGGUGUGGAGAAACACUGAAUCUGAACUGUAUGAUACAAUCUGGGUGUACUUUAUAUCUGAAGACUGGCACCUUAGAAAGGCGGUUCUUCGUACAUCUCAUAUUGACCAUGUGGCUGUGAACAUUGCAGAAUGUCUUGAGGAGACCAAAGCUAAAUGGGGUAUUUACAAUGCUACUCUGGUAACAGGUGAUACAGAAAUAGAGAGGAAACUUAAGGGUUUGUUGAGCUGUAAGGAUGUCACUUGCUUUGGAAGUUGUAUAAAUUAUGUUGUUAAAAGUUGUUUAAAAGACAAGGACAUCCAUCAUUUUCUUCAGCAAGGUGAAACACUUGUAGAAGAGAUACUUAAAAACACACAAGCAUGUGAAGUCUUUGAGAAAAAGAAGGAAGUUUUGCUUGCAGAAGAUGUGCGGAAAAAGAGCUUAUGUCUGCACGAUGGUCACACAUGGACAAGCUUGCUUGACAUGAUCUCUGUCUUAUCCCAGCAGACACCGGCACUACAUGCAGCAAUUAUGGACUCAGAACUGACCAAUCAGGGAAUAGAUAUCCGCAACCUACUCUACGCAAUCAAUGACCAGUCUAUUCUAGAGUCACUAGUGAAAAUACUGACACCAUUCAAAACAGCCACAGAGAUUCUGACCCGGUCUGAUGUUCCAACACUACAGAAGGUCAUACCAAUAUUUGUAAAGUUAGAAAAAGUCUUAGAAGUCCGUAGAGAGGACGAUGUUAUGAUUAAAUCAAUGAAAAUAAGAAUGAGGCAGACAGUAGAGAAAUGUCUGCAUUCUUGCCGAGACACCUGCUUGCUGGCAUGCCUGGUUCAUCCCCAAACCAAACAGAUGGCAUUUGUUUCACAGAAGGAGAAAGAUAAUGUUAAGAACCUUCUUUUCAUGAAAGUUAAGAGUCAGUGUGAGAAGGAGCAUAAGGAAUCUAAGGACAAGGAGGAAUCAUUCAGGAAAGGGAAAAGGUCUGGACCAGCCAGGCAGACAAAGGCCAUGUCUGAGUUGGCUGAGAAUGUGACUGAUGUUAGAAAGGUUGUAAUGAAUAAUGAUGAUGAUGAUGAUGAUGAUGAUGAUGAUGAUGAUGAUGAUGAUGAUGAUGAUAAAAGUGACAGUGAUGAGGAAACUCAAGAUAUCAAUUCUGAUGGAGAGAUCAGUGAUGUGGGAGAUGAGAGUAUUGAUCUUGCAGAGCCUCAAAGUGACAAUGGUGGAAACAGUAGAUUAGAUGCAGGUGUAAGGAGUGUUACUGCUAAAGCGGAGCAGAGUGAGUCCAGCUCAGUUCCUUUGUUGUCAAUAACCGUAGAGAAUGACUGGCUAGAUGAUGUGAUCUGUGUGGCGGACGACAGAAGGUCUCCGGAUGAGACUGCCAAAAUAGAGCUGAACCUGUAUAUGGCCGAGCCGGCAUGCAGCAGGCCUCCCCUGGAGUGGUGGCGGGAGAAGGUGGCCCUCUACCCGCAUAUUGCUGGCAUUGCAAGGCGGGUGCUGGCUAUUCCUGCAUCUAGCGUUGAUGCUGAUGAGGUCUUUAUGCUGAAUAGUACACUGGUAGCCAAACACCUGAAUUUGAAGGCGGAACAUGUGGACCAGAUGAUCUUCCUGAAACAAAAUAAACACUUGUAUCAUGUAUAAUAAGUUGUUGACAAUUUAAUGGACUUUAGGCAAGCAUUUUAAUCCUGUUGCGUUUCAUUUUCUGUUCACAGUUUUAUUAUAGAUUAUGUGUCAGUAUUUUAUCAGGUUUUGUGAUUUGUUUAUUUCUGAAUAUUUCAAAUUAUUACCAAGUCAAUUUGUAAUUAUGUAAAUAAUAUCUAGCUUUCAAUCUCAUGUUUUGAAAUAAAGACAUAUUUUUGA